UCGGCCUUCAAAUUCGAGGGGUAUCGUUCGUGGAGGGAGAAACAACCGGUUUCCGUAAUAACUAUAAACGAUCGUAACCAGAUAUUCUCUCGGUGACUACUUUGUGUGACCACGCGGCAGUGACACUUUUCUUGGAACACGUGACCUAACGAUGCGGGAACGUACGUGAAAAUAAUUCAAAGAACAGAUCGUCCGAUACACCGGAUUGUACGAUGUACAGUUUAUAUAGAGCCUGGUUCGGUGACAGCGUUACGACAGAUAAUUAUUCGCGACUUCAGGAGACCCUGUCGCCACCGGACACGGUGGUCAGGGUAGGCAAUGAAGGAGAACAUCAGUUUGUUGCCCAUAGAGGCGUUCUGGCUGCCCAUAGUGGCUACCUGAAAGCGCUGCUAACGAACGCUGUUAAUACGCCUGGCACCGCUGCUAACGCUAACAUUGGGUCCUGUUCGAAUUUACCGGCGACCGCCAUCGCGGUCACGACCGCCAAUCUUUCGGAACAAUCUAUGCGACAACCGGUCACGUCCGUGUCCGUUUCGUCCAUCGGAGCGGAAGCUUUCGCACCGUUACUGAACUACAUGUACACAGGCCGAUUGGAGGUGACCUUAGACAACGUGUACAGCGUGCUGUUAGCGACCCAUCUAUUGCACAUGCCAGGAGCGUUGGAGCAAUGUCGGGCAGCCCUGCUCAGACUGAGGGCUCCACCGCCUCUACCGAUGCCGAUAUUGGUGUCAGCAGGGCCCACAUCGACCCUGACAUCGACCAUGUCGACUUCGACGCCAGGCUCCGGAAACAUAUUAAGGCCGAUACCUAACAGGCUGAUGAUAGAUCCUAGCAUGUGCUGGCCACCGGCUACUCCGCUGUACCCAACCGCACCCGCACCCGCACCUACCUCGAUAGGCAUACCGCAUAUGCCUCAACUACAACCCUCGGUGUUGAUGCAAUCAACCGUUCCCAUCAACGUUUCGGUGGUGCCAACCUCGAGUGUGCAAGAAACGCAGAGCUCCACGAGCUAUAGGGAAGUGCCAUCGCCGAAAUCCUCGUUAUUCCAAAUCGAUCGGAAUCGCGGGUUACGAAUGGAUAGUCGUGCAAAAUCUCCAGAAAGUACGACUACAAUGCCGUUCGCAGCAGCCGCGUUCACCGCAUUCACAUCGAACGCGGCAACUUCGACGAGGGCGUCAUCCCCGUCGCAGUCGGUCUCUCCGACGCUGUCUUCGACAUCUCAGUCCUCGUUACCGGCUUGUCAGAAGUCGGAGCAAAGGCAAGUGAAAGAGGAAACGGACUACGAGCAAAGAAACUCGAGCGGAAAUCAGGCGCAGAAUCGAUCGUCUCCGGUAACAUCCGUGGAGGAGACGAGUUCCACUCGCGAUAGAAGCGUGGAGUCGGUGUCGAUGGGCGAGAGCGAUCGGCAGAGAUCGUCCAGAAGAAAAGGAAGAGGAUCGAGCAGCAGAAACGACGGUUCCUCGAGUGGAGUGCUGUCGGUGGUCUACGACGUCGCUUGCUGCGACGGUCCAGUGAAGUUUCAUCGUGUGUUGAACAAAAACUAUUCGUCCUCGGCACCUAGCCCUGUACUGCAACCUCGUUUACAGAGGUCCUGUUUUGAAACGGAGAACGUUUCCACCGAGAACGACGAGAACGGGGGACCAGCAGCUGUCAGGUCUUGCGAUCCUAUCAGAUCUGACAUAGACGCUGCAAAUACCAGCGGAAGCUACACGUGUGGCUACUGUAGGCACACCUUCAAGUCACAGUAUUGCUACAGGAAACACACCAAGAGACACUUGUUACCCACCAGGGUGAACGAAACGGUGGUCAACAACAGACCGAGACAAGACACCGCACGCAGCAGGAGGGAAGUCAGGCUACUCGACCUGAACGUACAGUACUAUCCCUGCAAGAUCUGUGGCUGCAAAUUCCCUAGCUACUAUUUCGUACACAAACACCGGAAGUUGUGUCAUGCGAACGCGGAGGAGAGGCCGCAAGAGGAGGCCAGCAGCACCGCAGCGGAAGAUCAAGGAUCGAACACAUCCAGCAACGAGAGACAGUGAAAUAAUUCGAGAGUUUUCUGAAGAAAAGAUUGGACAGAAGUAGCCAUAGAAAAGUUUAAAGUGAUCAAAGUGCUUCUUAAUACUCGUUCGGACUAGAAGCUAACCACUUUGACGACGGGAGGGAUUAAAGAUGAAUUUAAUAGUUUAAUCAGUGAAUUAUUUGGAGAUUAUGAAAUUACUGUAAAAUCAAAACAAUUAAAGGACUGUAAUUAAAGAAUCGAGUUUUGCUGCUUAUUGUUGUU